UCUCUCAGUGGCUACUCCAUCAGUUCUUCUUCUUGAUUUUACUUCAGAGAAGAAGAAGAAGAAAACAAUGGGGGAAUCAAAUUUGGUUCACGCACCACUUGUUACCUAUGCUUCUGUUCUAUCCCUUUUAUCUCUUUGUCCUCCUUUUGUUAUCCUACUAUGGUAUACAAUGGUUCAUGCCGACGGAUCCGUCGUUCAAACUUUUGAUUACUUAAAGCAAAAUGGGCUUCAAGGAUUUGUUGACAUUUGGCCAAGACCGACUGCCAUAGCAUGGAAAAUUAUUGCUUGCUAUGCAGCAUUUGAGGCUCUACUUCAACUUGCUCUUCCUGGCAAACGAGUAGAAGGUCCCAUCUCUCCCGCAGGGAAUGUACCUGUGUACAAGGCAAAUGGUAUGUUGGCAUAUGCUGUGACACUGGUUACCUACAUUGGUCUUUGGUGGUUUGGAAUAUUCAACCCUGCAAUCGUCUAUGAUCAUUUGGGAGAGAUUUACUCAGCACUCAUCUUCGGAAGUUUGAUCUUUUGCGUCCUUCUAUACAUAAAAGGUCAUGUUGCUCCAUCUUCUACCGACUCUGGAUCAUCUGGGAAUCCUAUUAUUGACUUCUACUGGGGAAUGGAGCUAUAUCCUCGAAUAGGAAAGUACUUUGAUAUUAAAGUCUUUACAAAUUGCAGAUUCGGUAUGAUGUCUUGGGGAGUUCUUGCUGUCACCUACUGUAUUAAGCAGUAUGAAAUGAACGGGAAAGUAGCUGACUCUAUGCUUGUGAACACUGUAUUGAUGCUUGUGUAUGUAACCAAGUUCUUUUGGUGGGAAGCUGGAUACUGGAGUACAAUGGACAUUGCACAUGAUCGAGCUGGGUUUUAUAUUUGCUGGGGAUGCUUGGUCUGGGUUCCGUCAAUUUAUACCUCACCUGGAAUGUACCUAGUCAAUCAUCCAGUGAAUCUUGGUACUCAGACAGCACUUCUUAUCUUAGCUGCUGGUGUUCUGUGUGUAUACAUCAACUACGACUGCGACAGGCAAAGACAAGAAUUCCGCAGAACAAAUGGAAAGUGCUUGGUGUGGGGGAGAGCUCCAUCAAAGAUUGUGGCCUCCUAUCAAACUAGCAAGGGGGAAACCAAAACAAGCCUUCUUUUAACCUCGGGAUGGUGGGGUUUAGCACGUCACUUCCACUACGUGCCAGAAAUAUUAUCUGCUUUCUUUUGGACUGUGCCAGCUCUUUUUACCCAUUGUCUACCCUACUUCUAUGUGGUGUUUCUGACAAUCCUUCUCUUCGACCGUGCCAAGAGGGAUGAUGACCGAUGCAGAUCCAAGUACGGCAAAUACUGGAAGCUUUACUGUCAGAAAGUGCCUUUCAGGGUUAUACCAGGAAUCCACUAAGAAUUGCUCCAUUUGAAUGUACAAUGACUAGAGUUAAAAACAGUUAGAUUUCAGAAUGUUAUUAUUUGAAGGACCUUUUUCAUUCAUUUGAGCUUUUCUGUUAUUUGUAAAAUAUGUGAUGGGUCAGGGAUGAAUCCCAUAAGAGCCACCAGGUCUGUAUGAAACUAAGUUCAAGGAAUAUUAUGCAAUCCAAUGAUAGAUAAGUGUUGUGUUGCCGCCAAGACCGAGCGGCUACAUCCACAAAAAUUAGAUUA